UUUGUGUGGCGCGGGCCUUCAAUCAGUAGCUGCUCUACGUUCUUUCCAAAAGAUGCUCGCUCACCGAAUCAAAACAAUAAAACGAAGAACAAGAAUUCUCAAGGAACUCUUGCCUCUAAACAAACUUGGAUACACUUCAAAUCAAGUAACUUCCUCGUAGUUUGAAGGGUGUAUUUGUUAUUUUAUUUCACUACUAUCGCUCUCGAACGUUUACAAGACCAAGCUCGCGCCAGUCUGAUGAAUUCGCCGAACCAGGACGAAGAUGAUGUGCCCGUUAAAGACCCGGUAAAAUACGGCGAGCUGGUCAUAUUGGGGUGAGUAACAGUAGGCUAGACGGAUAAAUAGUAGUUCAUCUCACCGGAUCGAAACUGAACUAAUAGUCGUAGUAGCGCGAUUCGUCUACUACUAUUAUGUUCGCCUACUACGAAAAAAUUGAAAGGAUGACGUGUGAGUCGAUUGAGUUCGGUUGGUUUUGUUCUAUACAGACAAACGUUAUCCUUUAUUGCUGUACAGAAAAUGUAAGCUUAUUGUUAUUUCGCAACAUAUUUGCCCCACAAAAUUGUGGGGAAAUUAUUGUGAAGUUGCAAGAGAACGAGCGCUAAGUAUGGUAACGUUACAGUAACUUUGUAACACUGGAGGACUGAUUUGAUACACUCUGGUUAUGUCGACGAAAUAUUGUUACAUUGUUUACAGCGCCCGAAUAUAAUUGGUAUAAUAAGUAGCUGCUACAUUGCACCAUAAGCCUACACUGAAAUUAGGAAGGAGGAUGUAGCCUUUUUUCUUCAAUAAAGGUCUGAGUGGGUGUAAAAUCACCACUCGAUUGCUCAGGCUGAAAAUACCUAUGAUGUCAUACUAUUCUGGAGCUGUGAUGAUCGCAGAAAGUGGGACACUGGAUGAAACCAAACCAACCGAUAAAACACAGCCAAACAUAUCUCACCACAAUUAAUGUGUAUAUAUAGCCAAUUUUUGUGUUUCACUUAGGGAAUUAAUCAACAACCACACACAGGCCUAUUGGAACAUUCAUAAAUGGAGCCUGCAUGUUAGCUAACAUAUUUUCCCCACUCAUACCAGACAGGAUGUGUGUAAGAGAGACAGACAUUCAGCAUUUCCACCUCUGCCCAGUCUAUAGUCCUGAGGAUCAGUUGCUUAUCUACUCUCCCAUGCACUCUCUCAUUCUCAAACUUCCGCCAAGCUUCCAGAGCAUCCUGUAUACAGGCCUGUGAUGCAGUGACCCCAUGAUAUCCCUCUCCACCCCCCCCCCCCUGAACUAGACCACUGACCAAUCCCAAAUCAACCCCUAGCCCUGACUUGGGCACAGAUAUUCAAAUAUUGGAUAGGUAUGAGCAAUAUAGUUAUUAUAGCUAGACUACCUCUUGUCCGGAAUUUUUUGGCAUGUUGCAUGUACCUCUCCAAUGCUCUCAGACCUACACAAGUAACACUACAUAAGGGUAGAGGCUAAUGGUUUAUCCACCGUCUCGUGUUAACGCUCCCGGGUCUAAACACAUGGUUCUACCCACCAGAGACUGGGGUUCAAUCCCUGCAUCCUCCCUUUUCACACUUUACUGUCUCCCCCUCUCGUUUCAGUACUGUCUCAAUAACAUGCAAAAAAUACGCAAGGAGAGUGGAAUUCCACUCCUUUUAAAAAUAAAAGAAACUGUCUGACUACUAGCUCUAGUAAGUGUAGUAAUAGUAAUGUGUUAGCAGUAUGGUUAAAUCUCCACCUAGCCCUCGUGGCUAUGCUGUCCAUAUGCUGCUGACCAUCAUGGGCAUAGAGUCAGGCUGCACUUGAAUACUGAUUAGCCGCAUUCUCCCCCCUGUAGCUAAAGGACAUACAGUGGCAGAGAGAAAACAGCCAUGCGUGACACUACAAGGCACGCAGUCCUCUGCAGAAAUGCUAUUGGAAUCUCCCUCGCUCCUUUGUAAUUACACUGUAAUGAUUUAGUCAUUACAUAUAUAGUCCCCUGUAGCUCAGUUGGUAGAGCAUGGCGCUUGCAACGCCAGGGUUGUGGGUUCGUUUCCCACGGGGGGCCAGUAUGAAAAUGUAUGCACUCACUAACUGUAAGUCGCUCUGGAUAAGAGCGUCUGCUAAAUGACUAAAAUGUAAAUGUUAAAAAUGAAAUCUUCAUACACAGACCCAAUGAUGUUCUAGGAAAUGCUGAAUGUUCUUCCAUGUUCGCUCUCUUGGAUAACUAGCUGCAGUAUAACAUUGAGGAAAUCUUGAGAGAACCCUCUCCUCGUCGCUAUCAGACAUGUAUAUUUUGACUAUAACUAGCCUAUGUUAUGCUACGAUGGCAUGAUUUGCCAGAUCCACCUUAACCUUCACAUGCUCUGCAGUCUCAGCCUGUCUAUCUCAGUGCAGGGCAUGUGAUGUGGUGAUUGUUCUGAACCAGAACCAGAGUCCCUGUCUGCUAUCUGUCAUUCAUUAUCUUAGUUAGACUGGGCUGAGUGGGCUCUCUGGUUCUGUAUGCUACCCAGGGCCCAGCUCUGCUGCUCACCCCUGCCCUUCGCUCUCAUGCCAACUUCUCCUUCUCUACAUUUCUAUCUUUCUCUGUCUUACUUCUCUCUCUCUCUCUCUCUCUCCAUCCCCUCCCCCCUCCCCAGUGCUGUUUGCUGACUCUCUGAGAGAAGCAGUCCUCGGUGGCUCUUCUGCCCUCUACAAAAAUAAGCCCUGUGUCGGGGGGCAGAGGAAGUGAAUAUUUCAUACUGCGUACAGCUGUGCUGUAGGGUUGGGCGAUGUCAACCUUUUUCCUAUUGUGAUUAUGUACUCAUAAAACAUUGUGAUAUACGAUGGUAUGGCCCCCUAUUGGCUCGUAUUUUAAUAGCGAUUAAUCGCGUGCUACAACUGGACGAAUCAUGACGAAAGAUAAUGUUGUUGAAAGCCUGGGCAGAGGCUAAGUGCAAGCAAAUCUUUUCUAAUAUUCCUUUCUGGUGGAGAUUCAGCAUGGAACAGGUGUGUGUGUGUGUGUGUGUGUCUGUGUCUCACAUACAUGAUGGGGGGAGGGGAGUAUUUAUGUCUGUAAUAAAGCCCUUUUGGUGGGAAAAACUCAUUCUGAGUGGCUGGGCCUGGCUCUCCCCAGUGGCUGGGCCUAUGGCCUCCCAGGCCCACCCAUGGCUGGGCCCCUGCACAGUCAUGUGAAGUCUGUAGAUUAGGGCCUAAUCAAUUUAUUUCAAUUGACUGAUUUCCUUCUAUGAACUGUAACUCAGUAAAAUCUUUGAAAUUGUUGCGUUUAUAUUUUUGAUCAGUAUAGUUAAGGAGUGUCCGUUUUAUAAAAAAUAAAUGAAUAGGUUUAGGCUUCAAGGCCCAUUCAUCCGACAGUGUGAGAGAGCGAGUGAGAGAAACAAUGUUUUCUGACUGGACAUUUUGCGCUGUUUUGGUGGAAUUCUCUGCUCUGUCUAGUCCUCUCUUGCGUUCUGUAGGCCUAUAUAACAUAGGCUAUAUCAAAUAGAAAGGAACAGGCAUAUUACUCUGAAUGUUAUUCGUGUGCUGCCCUGCCGUCCGCUGGCCAACUCCAUUCUUUACUGCGCAGGACCAGUCAAGUUCAAAUAGGUUAAACCAUCGUCUGUCAUAUCACGAUGUCGUCACCAUCGACGAUGGCUGUCAGUUAUCGUUGAUAGACAAUACUAUCAUAAUAUCGCCAAACCCUACUGCGUUUUGCCUGGCCAGUUCUGGUCCAUCUGCUUCCCGCAUCACAUUGCAUCUCGGCCUUCUCUCAUCUCUUUCUGUAUCCCUCGCUUCCUGACCUCUGCCCUGCUCUCUUCCUGCUCUCUCUCACGCUCUCCCUCAUGUUUACCCCCUUUCUCUCUGCCCUCUCUCCCUGUAUUUCUCCGCCCUCUUUCCCUGCCCUGUCUCUUUCUUUCUGGUCUACCUCUCCUCUUUUCACUCUUUCUCCUUACCCCCUCUCCUCCUGCCUGUUCAGCUCUGUCCUGAUGUGACACAGGAUCAUUGUACAGGUAGCAGUGGGUUCCCUUCAGAUCUCCUCUCCUUAGAUCUCAUGACCGGGCAUCUCUACUGCACUCUGUUCUAACACUGUGGAAAGGGAAAUGUCUUGGCUUGUCUAGUCUGGUCUGGACUAACAUUGUGAAAGGGAAAGAUCUUGGCUUAGGUCUGGUUUAGAACUGUGGAAUGAUUCUGAUCGUCCAGGAAGAGCAGCUGCAGCUUGGCAUAGAGAGGCAUAGCUUUGUUAAAUAGGAGAGAGGGAGGGCUGGCAAGAGACCUAGAAAGAGGGAGUGAGAGAGAGAGAGAAGAAAAGAGCGAGGGUGGCCAAGAGCGAGAGAGGAUUGCAAGACUAAGAGAGCGAGCGAGAGGAGUGAUUUGAUUUGAAAGCAGGAUUGAUGUCCCCUCACAAAGGGCUCUGUGUCCACUGGGCAUCAUCUGAAUAGUGUUUAAUAGGUACCAUGCCCCGCUGAUUAGCUGAAAGCGGCCCUCACCGUGAACUCUUAGCGUGACGGCGCAGCUCUACUCAGUUGCCCAGAAAGCUAGAGACGAGACACGAAAGAGUUUAGAUUUGAACAAUCAGCAGAGAUGACAGCACAGUUCCACUUAGCCUAACGCUUGCUCAUUCUCUCUCUUUCUCUCUUCCGUGUCUCUCGCCGUCUCUUUCGGUGCUGACACACACUAACAAACGCAUACACACACACAGAAAAGUGCCCAGAAGUGAGGUUAAGAAGGAGUUGAACCUACAAGUAUUCAGAGCACCAUAUUCAUUCAACCAUUGUUAUUCAGGCAUUUGCUGAAUACAGUUUAAUUGGUGUUUCAGUGUAAGGAGUGUUCGCCCAGUAAGCAUGCUAUUCUGAGGUUUCAAGUGGCGUGUCAGUGAAUUGGGCUCAAGUGAUACUUAUCCGUAUAUGAGCGAGUAGUUGUACAUUAGUUGUCUGUGAGGAAUGAGUGGUGGAGGUGAUAGGGAUUUGCAAUAUCACAUCUCCAAUGAUCACGAGGUGAAUAGGCUACAUGGCAUAUUCUCUUACUUCAUUUCUAUUGGUGACCACAUUUAAACAUUUUUCCAGAUUUUUUUUGUUAGUUGGUGGGGUUACAGGCACAAUAUUCAUAUAAUUUAAUAUAUUCGGUUCAUAUCAUAUUUUAUAUAAAGCAGGCAGACAGGCAUCGUGGCAUUCAGUUACUGUUAGAUUGAACGAAUGGGCAAAAUUAGUGACCUAAGCGACUUUGAGCGUGGUAUGAUCGUCAGUGCCAGGCGCGCUGGUUCCAGUAUCUCAGAAACGGCCGGCCUCCUGGGCUUUUCACGCACGACAGUGUCUAGGGUUUACCGAGAAUGAUGCGACAAACAAAAAAACAUCCAGUCAGCGGCAGUCCUAUGGACGAAAACUGUUUGUUUAUGAGAGGUCGAAGGAGAAUGGCAAGCAAACAGGCGAGCCACAAACAGGCAAAUAACGGCGCAGUACAACAGUGGUGUGCAGAAUGUCAUCUCGGAACGCACAACUGAUCAGUCCUUGUCACAGAUGGGCUAUUGCAGCAAAGGACCACUCCUAUCAGCUAAAAACAAGAAGAAGUGGCUCCAGUGGGCACACGAUCACCAACUCUGGACAAUUGAGGAGUGGAAAAACAUUGCCUGGUCCGACGAAUCCCGGUUCCUGUUGCGUCAUGCUGAUGGCUGAGUCAGGAUUUGACGUAAGCAACAUGAGUCCAUGGACCCAUCCUGCCUGGUGUCAACGGUACAGGCUGGUGGCAGUGGUGUAGUCGUGUGGGGAAUGUUUUCCUGGCACAUGUUAGAUCCCUUGAUACCAACUGAGCAAGGUUUCCAUGCCCCGAACAAUUCAGGCUGUUCUGGAGGGGUGUCUGACCCGGUACUAGAUGGGUGUACCAAAUAAACUGGCCACUGAGUGUAUAUUUCUGUCAUACCUGUGGGCUGCCACUCAGAAAAAGAAAUAAAAUAUGCAUAGAUACAAAGGAAUGAUCAUAUUACAUCGUUUAGUUUAGUAACAAAACAUUUAGCAUGUAAAGGAAUGAUUUAUUUAAUCAUGUAGAAUCUCUGUAUGUGUUUGUGUUCUCUGUAGGUACAAUGGCUCUCUGCCCAGUGGAGACCGGGGGAGGAGGAAGAGCCGCUUCGCUCUGUACCGGAGGACCAAGGCCAACGGAGUCAAACCCAGCACUGUUCACAUCCUCAACACACCACAAGGCAGCAAGGUGUGUGUGUGUGUGUGUGUGUGUGUGUGAGAAUGUGAUGUUACCAUAGUCUUCCUAUGGUGGGAAAUGCUGUCCUCAUGGUAGGCCGACAGUAACGGUGGACAGAGAGUGUGUGUGUGUGUGUGUGUGUGAAAGAGAGAGGAUAUCUCAGCAAAAUGAGGAUGUUGAAGUCUACCCUAAACUCUCCUCUCCUGUGGUGGUGUUGUGAUUGCAGGCAGUCCACAGCAGGGGGCAGCACAGCAUCUCCUUCACUCUGUCCCGCAACCAGACAGUGGUGGUGGAGUACUGCCACGACAACGACACUGACAUGUUCCAGGUAAACCCCACAACAAAACUUUUUUUGUUGUUGGCUAAAUACGAAAAUAAUGCUUGCCUGCUUAUCUAGGUAAUACUCAGUUCUUUGUCUUCCAAAAACAGGAAGAACAGAAAGAGGAUAGCUACCGAACACCCAGGUGUUGCUACCACUUUUUCCCUUUUUGGAAGACAAAGAAUUUGGUUGUUAUUUUCGCUUUUGCUGUGUGUAUACAACCUCCUCCAGAGUUUGUGUAUCGGAUGCUUUAUUUUGGGUCACAUGCUGGGAAUACUCUCCACCACAUAUGGGCUUGGCGUGUGUGUGUGACACACUGAAAUAUAGAAGAAUGAAUCAGCCAAUCCCACACCAAACCCCUACUGUAUUGUAUGAGUAAGAACCACACCAGCAGCCUUCCACAACAGCAGGGGAACGGGAUGAAUAUUCAAUCAGUUCUGAAAUAGAUCCCACGGGGGGCCAGUAUGAAAAUGUAUGCACUCACUAACUGUAAGUCGCUCUGGAUAAGAGCGUCUGCUAAAUUACUAAAAUGUAAAAUGUAAUGUCUGGUGGCCAGCUUAGAACAGGGGCCCAGAUACAUUCAAAGCACGGAGAGCGUUGUAGAACUAUGAAGAAAUGUAUCUUAAGUGGGUUAUCACAGGUGGUUAAUUUACCAAUUUACCGUGAGUAACUGCACACAGCUUGAAAUUAAAUGUAGAUGUUAUUGCUAUUUUUGUGUGAAAGAUUAUUCAAAUCGUGGCAAGUAAUAAGCACAGCAGGAUCCUUCAAGUCCUGGCCUAAUUAACAAGUUAAAGAAAAGCUCAAAUCAUCAAAAUCACAUCAUCAAUAAAACCAAAAUCACGACUUGACAUAAAUAUUACUUUAAGUGGAGCAAAGGACCUUUUAAAAUUGCUUUCCCAACGAACCCUGUUCUGAACACAAUAAAGAUCCCAUGUAAUGCUUCUCUCUCUCGUUUCCCCUGUAGAUUGGGCGCUCCACAGAGUGUCCCAUAGACUUUGUUGUGACGGACACAUCAGGAGAGGGGAAGGAGGGCGAGGACCCCUCGGUGGCCCCCAGCACCAUCUCCCGCUUCGCCUGCAGGGUGGUGUGUGAACGCAGCCCCCCCUACACCGCACGCAUCUAUGCCGCUGGCUUUGACUCCUCCAAAAACAUAUUUCUAGGGGUGAGUGUGUAGCACGGGCUCGGUAGAGAGACCAAAUGGAGAGCUCUAAAUGGAUGUCAGUUGAAAAUGAGUUGGAGUAGAAUCACACUUCAUUAGGGCCACAUUCAUUAGGUACAAACGGGAGACAACAGUGUGUUCUUAUAGGACAGGUUCAGGUAGUACCUACCUACGGUUUCUCAAAUUGGGUGGCUACUGAACACAACCCAUCCUAGAUGCGAAUAACCAAGCUUCUGUUCUUUCUCCGUUUUCUUAUUCUAUUUCAUCUUCUUCAUCACCUCCUCCUCUUCCAGGAGAAAGCCACUAAGUGGAAGAACCCGGACGGCCACAUGGAUGGUUUGACCACAAACGGGGUGCUGGUGAUGCACCCUGAGGGCUUCCCUGAGGACAGCAGACAGGGCCUGUGGAGGGAGAUCUCUGUUUGUGGGGACGUCUACGCCCUCCGAGAGACACGCUCUGGACCCAGCCGAGGCAAACUGGUCAGUACCGUAGGCUACAAGAGGUACAACCAGGGCACCCUAUUACCUAUGGGCCCUGGUCAAAAGUAGUGCACUAUAUAGGGAAUAGACACCUGUAUGUAUCUGUGAACAUAUCAUUUUCUCUGAUUUGUUCUUUGUGUGCAUAUGUACUAGUGUUUAGCAGUAGUAGUCUGAUGUCCUCCCUGUGUGUGUGUGUGUCUCCUGGCCUGCAGGCGGAGGGAGAGAGCAGUGCCCUGCGUGAUGGUUCUCUGGUGGACCUGUGUGGAGCCACUCUGCUGUGGCGUACUGGAGAGGGCCUGCUCCACGCUCCCACCCUCCGCCACCUGGAGGCGCUGCGACAGGAGCUCAACGCUGCCCGGCCACAGUGUCCUGUAGGCCUCAGUACCCUGGCAUUCCCCAGCCUGCCACGCAGCCACAGGUGGGUAGCUACUACACAGUGACAGACAAGGAGCUACACCACAAGGAGGUAGUAUUCAUGAGUUGACCCUAUCUACUGGUACAGUGGUCGGGGCAAAUUCAACCUUGAGAACUACACAACAUUUCUCGAUUACAACUACGUUUUUAUCCCUUGUAGUCUAUUUAUAGCUAUUUUACGAUACAACUACUACCAAUAAAAUAAAUGAUGCUUUGAGUUUGAGGAAAAACUUAAACCUAGUAGUUUUCCUUUUCUCCCUAGUCUGGAGGAGCGCCAGCCCUGGGUUUACCUCACCUGCGGACACGUGCACGGCCGCCACGACUGGGGCCAGCGCCCCGAGCGCCAGGAGGCGAGAGGAGGAGGAGAGGGAGAGGGGGAAGGAAGGAUCUCCACAGUCCGCCGGGAGUGCCCUCUAUGCAGGAGCGUGGGGCCCUACGUGCCCCUGUGGCUGGGGUGUGAGCCUGCCGUGUACGUGGAUGCAGGAGCGCCUACGUACGCGUUUGUACCCUGCGGCCACGUGUGUUCAGAGAGGACAGCCAAGUACUGGGCGGAUACCCCGCUGCCCCAUGGGACCCACGCCUUCCGGCCCACCUGUCCCUUCUGCUCUGCCCCUCUUAGCAGCACUCCACAGGGCUGGACACGCCUCAUCUUCCAGGGCCCCAUCGACUAGCCUGGGCCCCACGGAUGCAUUCCACAACUACUACGCAACAGUGGAACCAACCAAGUCACUAAGCCAAAGGCCCAAUCCUAACUUGAGAUAAUAGUGUGCAACUAAUGUGAAUAUUUCUCAAAUGUACACUACAUCUGUUAGCUGUUAGACAAGUGUGUGUACCUCAAACAUUUGUGUAAAUCAUGCAUUGAUGUCAGUUUAGGAUCUGUGCGGUAGUUUGCAUUAGACACACAUUUCUCUCAAGGUAAGAUUUGGCCAUAACAGAUCCUCCCUUCAAAAGCAAUAAGAACACCACUAUAGCAAAGCAUUAAACCCGUAGAUAAGCUAGUUUUUUGGCUAGUCAUCCAUGUCUCCAAUUCUGUCUCUCUUCAGACAUGGCUGAAUGUUGUCUGCAGCUCAAGGGCUAAACCUAAGGUGUGUUGAAGUCACUGGAUGUUCAUGAUUGCUGGUUUCCUGACAAAUUCCUCUCAGCCCAAUUUUGAACCAAUAAUGUAAUGAUGCUUCUGCAGUUUUUGAGUGAAUAUUCCUUUUGACAAAUAUGAAUUAUCCUGAAAAUAAAAAGUUGUAAUAUUUUGCGAAGCGGUUCAACCCCAAAGUACCAAUAACUUACUCUACAUUUGCAAAUAUAAGUGAUGUUGGUGAACAUUCUACAGUUUGACCACACCUCAGGUUUAUGACCAAACAGACAGACAGGGUCCGUGUCAUGAGACAUUAUAGCAGAAAGGUCAAAAAGCGUGACCUAAAGUAACCUCAGAAGACAUAUUUUCAAUGAAAAUAUAACUAUUUUAUUAAAAUGGGGG